UCGAGCGGGCCGGGACGCGGCGCCGAGCGCCCCUGGGUGUGCGAACCCAUCAUGGCGGCCCCACCGCCCUCAGCCCCGGGAGAGCCGGCGCCGCCGCCGCCGCCGCUGCAGUACAGCCUCCUGCUGCAGCACCUCGUGGGCGACAAGCGGCAGCCCCGCGUCUGGGACCCCGCCGCCCUCGGCGGAAUCCCCUGCCCGCCCAAGAGCGAGGAGCAGAAGAUGGUGGAGCGGGUCAUGGAGAGCUGCCCCUUCAAGGCGGCGCUGGCUUGUGUGGGAGGAUUUGUUCUGGGAGGUGCAUUUGGUAUCUUCACAGCUGGCAUUGACACCAAUGUGGGCUUUGAUCCCAAGGAUCCCUAUCGCAUGCCCACAGCCAAAGAGGUGCUCAAGGACAUGGGGCAGCGAGGCAUCUCCUACGCCAAGAACUUCGCCAUCGUGGGUGCCAUGUUCUCCUGCACGGAAUGCGUGGUAGAAUCUUAUCGUGGGAAGUCAGACUGGAAGAACAGUGUUAUCAGUGGCUGCAUUACAGGAGGAGCCAUCGGCUUCAGAGCUGGGUUGAAGGCCGGGGUGAUCGGCUGCGGAGGAUUCGCCGCUUUCUCCGCUGCAGUCGAUUACUACCUCCGGUAACAGCCCUGUCCCUUGGGAGCAACAUUCCCUGUUCCAGUGCUGCUGCUGAGAGCCUGCAUCAUGGCAGAACCAUCAGGCUUACCUUUCCACUGCCUCUGGAGUCCUGGCCAGUGUGAGCAGGGUGGUGGUGGCCACUUUCUGAAUGACUAACAGCAACCUGGCUGCGAGCCCUGGCGAGCUGCUCCAGGCAGGCUUGUGGGAGCAUGGGAAGAUGGAGCUAGGCACAGAGCAGCAUCUCCAGGACAGAUCAGCUAACUUCAGUUUCCAGGAAACAUGCCUGGACUCUGAGCACUUUCAAUCCUUUGGGGCUGACUUUGAUUAAGUCUGUUGCCAGCAUCAAAAGAAGGCAGAAGGACUAUCUUCUAGGAGAAACGCACCAAUUUAGGUUACCACAUAUUUGAAGGUGCUGCAAGUGUUUUAACAGUCACCAGUUUGCAGCUUGCUACUCUGUUGGGGAGAGGUAAGAUCCUGUGGAGAAAUAAGUUUGUUCCAGGCUUUUCUUAAAAUACCAUCUGAAGACAAA